CCACACUCACCAGCAGCGCUAGCUUCCUACACUGGUCACUAGCUAGCUAGCAAUGGCGUCCAAGACCUUCUCGGCGGCGUGCCUCCUGGCGCUCCUGGUGGCCGCCAACACCUUCCUCAUCGGCGACGCUUGUAACAGCUGCCAGCACCACACCCCGCCGACCCCGACUCCGUCCCCGCCACCACCGUCACCGUCCCCUCCGCCUCCGGCACCGACGCCCCCGAGCACCACGCCGUGCCCUCCCCCACCGUCGUCCUCAGGCAAGUGCCCCAAGGACACCCUGAAGCUCGGCGCCUGCGCCAACGUGCUGGGCCUGAUCAGCGCGGGCAUCGGCAAGGCACCCAGCGGCGGCGGCGACAAGUGCUGCAGCCUCCUGGGCGGGCUCGCCGACCUUGAGGCCGCCGUGUGCCUCUGCACGGCGCUCAAGGCCAACGUGCUCGGCAUCGUCCUCAACGUCCCCAUCAAGCUCAGCCUCAUCCUCAACUACUGCGGCAAGUCCGCCCCCACGGGCUUCCAGUGCGCCUAAUUAAGCAGUUCAAACCCAUCAGCGUGUGCACCGCGCAUGCAUGUAUCAUUCUGUUCUAGUCACUCUAAGUUUGAUUUCCACAUGCAUUAUUACUCCAGUCAGUAAGCGUAAGCACUAGUUAAUUUAUUUGCAUGCAUGUGUGCUCGUUCUCGUAUAUGCAUUUUGGAUUUUUUGAGGUUAAUUUGUGUUAAUUUGGCCAUACGGUUAAUGGGUAUGUACGUGCUUGAUACAAUGGUAGCUGAUUAAGCACGUGUAACACUUGUAUUCUGUGUUUUGGUGCGAUGGUGAAAUGUAAUUUGCAGAAUAUUUAUUAUAAUUUCAGGUUUCUUUCAUA